AUGUCGGACACUAAUGGUGCAGAUGUGGCCGAUCUAAGUAAACCGUUACUAAAACUAAGGCUCUUAGAAACACUUCGUGACGGUUCAUUUGAUGAACUUUCCAAGUUUAUUGCUACGAGGUUUGUUUCUAAAGAUAAUCCAAUUAUUCAAGAAUUAGCAUCAAUCAUUUUGCACCUUGCUGUUCAAGUAGCACCCGACAAAUUAGUUAAAAAUAUUGUAACUCAAUGGGUCGACAAUCCAAAACAAUCCAAAAAUAUAUUAGGUCUACCUUUAGAUAUUAACCAAAGAGAUGAAAAUGGUAAUACUCCCUUACAUUUAGCUGUGCUUCAGUCUAGAGACAAUAUUAUCCAAUUUUUCUUAGACAAUGAAAAUAUCAAUGAAAUGAUAAUGAAUAAGGAUGGUUUAUUACCUAUCGAUCUUUGCAAGAAUUUGAAUGUUGCUGAAAUGAUGCAAAAUAAAAGAUGUGCCUAUAUGAAUAAUGUAAUGAAACAAGCUGAUACUGCCUUUGAGAGAAAAGAUUUUAAUACAUUGGAGCACAUAUUUGCUAAACCAAGAAACCAGGAAUUUAUGAAUAUUAAUAAAUUGGACCCAUUAGAUCACGGUAAUUCGUUGUUACACAAAUAUUUGUUGAAGGGAGAUGUCGAGACUUGUAAAUGGUUACUAAAUCAUGGUGCAAAUCCAUUACUGAAAAAUGAAGAAGGUGUGUGUGCGUUAGAUAUAAUUAAAACUAAACAAAAGACAAACAAAAAUUUAGAUCCUGCAUUAAAGACUUUGCUUAAUGAUAUUUUGAAAGAAGAAGCAGUAGUUAAUGCUACUUUAGCAAUCGAAAAACCGCCUACACAAAAAGGUUACUUGAAAAAAUAUGCACACAUGGGAAAAGGUUAUAAAUUACGGUACUUUGUAUUAAGUGAGGAUGGUAAAUUGUCCUAUUAUAAAGAUCCAGCUUCAUAUGCUGCCAAUAAAUUACCAAGAGGUUCUCUUGAGUUAGAUAAAUGUUAUCUUCAUAUGGAUUCCACAGAAAAGUUGAAAUUCGAAGUCAUAGGUGGAAGCAAUAAUUCAGCUAAAUGGAAACUAAAGGGGAAUCAAACCAUGGAGACUAAUAGUUGGGUUAUGGCAAUCCAAAGUGCAAUUCGUUAUGCGAAGGAUAAAAAAACUUCACAAAAAUCUAAAGGACAGCAUGGAUUGAAAAUUGAUACCAGCACAGAUAGUUUGCAAACUCCAACUAUGAUUCUUAAUAGUUAUAAAAGUCCAACUUUACAAAAAUCAAAUACCUUUGAUGCACAAUAUGCUAGAAAACAGAAUAUUGGAAGGCAAUCAAAUCUUUCUCCAAUGCAUCGCAAGUUUACUGAUAUCCAAGCCUCUGAUUCCAGUGAUAUUAAGUUGAGUAAUAAAUUGACCGAAUCUGGUAAAAAUUAUGUGAACCAGAUGAUUGAUUCAAGACUAGAAAGAUCUACCUCUCUUUCAAGAAAGAGCUCAAUAGUAGAAGUUGGGUCAAAGUCUACCGGCCCAAUGACACCAUUGGGUAGUCCUAAGUUCAUGACUUCAACAGCAGGUAUAUCAUAUAUGAGUAUGGACAACCUAGAUAUGAGUAAUAGAUCGUUUGUUGGAAGUCCUAUCACAACAACUAAAACUGCAAACGGAAUUAAUACAGGAUAUCAAGAAGGUGUUGUUGGUGAAGGUACUGACUCUGAAUUAGAAGGGGAUGAGGAAAAUAUGACUGCAAAAUAUAAUAGAGAUGAGGAAUAUUUGAAAGUGGAAUAUGGUCCAUAUGUGGAAAAAUUGAAUAUGUAUCAAAGAACAAUUGCUUUAGAAUUAUCCACGAUUAAUGAAAUUAUUGAUUCAACAGAUUUUAUUAAUAAUAAUGAUGCUGCCUUGGUCACUAUUAAAGAAUCUUUGUUAAGACUGUCCUCGAAUAUCACAGAAAUGAAUUCGUUGACCUUGAAAAGGGAUGAAAAAUUAGUAUCCAUGUUGGCAAAACAACGUGAUAUGAACAACGUUUGGAUUCAAACCAUGAAGGACUUAGAAAUUGAGUUAGAAAAUAAAACAGAGAGAUUAGCAACUUUAGGUAGAGGCAGAAGAACUUUGAAAAGAACUUUGAAAAAAAAAAUCAAAGAAGUUAAAUCUCAAGGCAAUAUGAAUUCUGAAAUAUCUUUACAAAGUUUGGCAAAGGUAAGUUCAUGUGAUACUUUGAAUCAGAUUGCUAGAUUUAUUACGGCUACGAAGGAAGAAGACGAAGAUUCUGCUGGCGAUGAAUUUUACGAUGCUGAAGAAUUGGUAGAUGAAUCAUCUGUACAGGAAUCGCAUGUAGAUAUUAUUCAUAAAGAUGAAGGUGAUGUAUUAUCAUAUACAAAUACAAAUGCUUCAAUGCCAGAAGAAGGUAACACAAAUAGCGAUGGUGGUGAUGUUUCAUUGACUCAUGAGAAUAUGGCAAAUAAUGUGAAAUCUAUAAGUGAAUCCUUGGAAGGCACAGACGGGCCGAUUAUCAUGGAAUCCUCGCAUAAAACAUCAAACAGUGCACAAUUUGAUGAUAUAAAGAAGAAAGUAGAAGUAGAAAAACCUGUGAAGGAGGAGAAACAAGAGGAAGUUGUUGAGAAUGCUGUUGACCAGUCAUUAUCAGAGAAGAUCCCAGAGAAAAAAUUAUUUGCCGUUACUACGGCGCAAAAGAAUAAACAGGCUCUGAUUUUGAAAGAAGGAUCUUAUUUGGGUUAUGAAGAUGGUCCAAGAAAAAAGUUGGCGUUAGAUAAAGAUGAAAGACCAAGGGUGAGUCUAUGGGCAGUAUUAAAAUCUAUGAUUGGUAAGGAUAUGACUAGGAUGACUUUACCUGUAGUAUUUAAUGAACCCACCAAUUUAUUGCAAAGAGUAGCAGAGGAUAUGGAAUGUUCAUAUUUAUUGGAUCAAGCAGCUACAUUCAAGGAUUCUACAUUAAGAUUAUUAUACGUUUCCGUCUUUACUGCAUCUUGUUAUGCAUCCACAGUUGGAAGAAUAGCCAAACCAUUUAAUCCGAUCCUUGGUGAGACAUUUGAAUAUGCCAGACCGGAUAAGAAUUAUAGAUUUUUUUCGGAACAAGUCUCGCAUCAUCCACCAAUUUCAGCAACGUGGACGGAAUCACCAAAAUGGGAUUUCUAUGGUGAAAGUGCUGUUGACACAAAUUUCAAUGGUAGAUCAUUUGGUGUAAAACAUUUGGGGUUAUGGUACAUUAAAUUGCGUCCUGAUAACGGCGAUCUGCAAGAAUUAUAUACGUACAAGAAGCCAGACAACACUGUUAUUGGUAUAUUGGUGGGUAACCCUCAACUGGAUAAUCAUGGUGAAGUACAUAUCACAAAUCACACCACAGGUGAAUACUGUAUAUUGAAUUUCAAGGCGCGUGGUUGGAGAUCAUCGAGUGCAUACGAGAUUAAAGGUGAAGUAUUCAAUAAGAAUAAAGAGAAAGUUUGGAUACUAGGGGGCCAUUGGAAUGAUUCUAUAUAUGCGAAGAAAGUUACGGAUAAGAGUGGUGAGGAGUUUAUAAUAAACGAAAAGAAUAAUGGUAAAAAUGGUAAAAAUAAUAAAGCAGUGGAAGAAAGACCCAAUUAUACUGGUGAUAAAUUUUUAGUAUGGAAGGCGUACCCAAGACCAGAUUCACCAUUCAAUUUGACCCAGUUUGCCAUCACAUUAAAUGCACCACAGCCACAUCUAUUGCCUUGGUUGGCACCAACAGACACAAGACUAAGACCAGAUCAAAGAGCCAUGGAGAAUGGAGAAUACGAUAAAGCAGCAGAUGAAAAAAAUCGUGUUGAGCAGAAACAAAGAGCUGCCAGAAAGUAUAGACAAGACAAUAAUAUCCAAUACCAGCCACAAUGGUUCACACAUGAGGUUCAUCCUGUGACGAAACAACAAUAUUGGAAAUUUAAGGGUAAUUACUGGAGCAUUAGAAGAGAUAAACAAUUGGCGGACAAAGGUGAUAUCUUUUAA